AUGUCCAAUAUCACCAACGAUUUGGGCGAGGACAUCCAGCCCGCCUACAGGGGCAAUCUCAGCGAUGACCAGCAAAAGGACCUCCGAGAGAUCUGGCGUCGUCUUUUCGAGCUCUUCGAAAAGAAGAAGGAUGUCUCGGAACGCGUCAUGAAGGAAGGCGGUCCCGCCAAAGUCAAGAAAGGCAGCAAGUCGGCCGACACCGGCGGCAAGGACGGCAAGGACGCCGGCAAGGACAUCCCCAAGGACGACAAGGCCAAAGAAGAGGCCAAGAAGGCCGAGGAGAUGAAGGAGAUGAACGAGUUCAUCGACACCUACGGUGGUCCCAUCCUUCGAACUACCAUGUGGGAGUUCACCAAGAUGGAUCACCCCGAUACCUCGGUGCUUCGUUUCCUCCGUGCCCGAAAGUGGGACAUCGACCGCGCUCUUGCCAUGUUGGCCGCCGCCUGCAAGUUCCGUCUCGAAAAGGACGUCGCCGGCAUCAUCUACAAGGGUGAGGACGGUCUCAAGGAUGUGCCCGGCUUCAUGAACCAGUUCCGACGUGGUAUCUCGUACAUCAAGGGUAACACGGACAAGAUGGAGAACCCCAUCUACUUCAUUCACGUCGCACGUCACUUUACCAGCGCACAGAAGCACGAGGUCCUCCAGGACUACGUGCUGCUUGCCAUGGAGAACGCCCGUCAGAUUACCACCGCUCCCUAUGAGAAGGCCGUCGUCGUCUUCGACAUGGCCGGUUUCGGUCUCAAGAACAUGGACUGGCAGUGUGUGCUUUUCCUCGUCAAGUGUCUCGAAGCCUACUACCCCGAAUCGCUCCAGCGCAUCUACGUCCACGGCGCCCCUUGGAUCUUCAAGGGUAUCUGGCAGGUGCUCCAGCCCAUGCUGGACCCUGUCGUGCGUGACAAGAUCAAGUUCUCCAGCAAGGCCAAGGACCUCGAAGAGCUCAUCCCACCUUCCAAGAUUCGAAAGGGCAUGGGCGGUACCAUGGACUGGGAUUGGGACUACGUCGAGCCUCAGGCUGGCGAGAACGACAUUCUCAAGGACAAGAAGUCGCGUUCCAAGAUCGAAGGCGAGAUGAAGGAGCUCACCGACGAGUUCGAGAAGGUCACCAAGGAGUGGUUCGACACCACCGACACGGACGAGGAGAACCCGGACCUCAACUACCGCCGUGAGGUGCUCGGCAAGCAGAUCCGUCUCAAGCACUACCAGCUUCAGCCCUUCGUGCGCGCCAAGAACGUCUACCAGCGAACCGGCAUCAUGACCAUGGACGGAACCGUCACUUGGGAGUACCCGCAGACACAGGGCGAGACCAUCAAGCAGGUGGUCAACGACCGUCACAACUACGGUUCGCUCAUCAAGUGGCUCAAGAAGCACGACGAGGACACCCUGGAGGACUCCUUUGGUCACAAGAAGCUCUUCGAGAUCUGCGAGGACGGCACCAUUCUCGAGUCGUACGACGAUGUCAAGGGCGGUCCUCCCAAGGCCAGCAGCAAGUCCAAGGCGGGCAAGGGUGCCAAGUCCAACGCCAAGUCUGCCUCCAAAUCCGAGGCUCCCGCUCCUCAGGAGGAGGAGAAGCCGCAAAAGAAGGCCAAGAAGGGCGUCGCCGCUGCUGGCGGCGCUGCUGCCGGUGCCGCUGGUGCCGCUGCCGGCGCUCUCGGCCUCAAGAAGAAGAAGAAGAAGGAGCCCGAGCCAGAGCCCGAGCCUGAAUCCGAGUCCUCCGAGAGCUCCGAGGAAUCCGAGGAGGAGGAGGACGACGAAUCGGAGCCCGAGCCUGCACCAAAGCCCAAGCGCUCUGCCUCGAGCAAGAAGGCUGCGCAGCCAGAGGCGGAAGCCGAGCAAGACGAUGGCGAACAGCCUCAGACCUACACCGGUGCUGCUUACGGCGCUGUCGCCGGUGCCGCUGCUGGUGCCGCUGGAGCGGCCGCUGCCGGCUUCAACUACCUCCGAGGUGCCAACAAGAACGAGGACGCCAAUGGCAACGGUCAGUCGCAGCAGUCGCGUGCCGUCGAGGACGAGGAUGACGAAGACGAGGACGAGGAGGACGAUGAAGACCACGGUGUCGCCCUUCCCGGUCAGCGUCAGCGCCAGCCCCCUCGUACCGUCGACCGCUACCCCGACGAGGACGAGGAGGACGAGGACGAGAGCCCCGACGACGAUCAGAUGUCGGCCUACUCGGACGAGUCUAUCACGCCCGAGACGGCGGUCCGACCCGACUACAUGAACAAGAAGAUCAGCGCCUCGGACUGUCGCAUCGACGACAACGACUGCCGCGAGGAUCUGGCCACGGUGCGCGAAGCCAUGGCCCUCUUCCUCAACUCGCGCAUGCGCGAGGCGGAGGACCUCUGCAUGGAGGGCGCUGGCACUCGCCUCUACAAGGCCGAGGGCAUGGCUCUCAUCAACUCGGUCAAGUCGAUCAUGACUUUCGAGCCUGCCGACUUCGAGACGGCCAUCAUGUGCUGUCAGCACUCGAUGAAGAUUGCCGGCUUCCUGCGCAAGAAGCAGGGCGCCAUCGGCAAGCUCAUGGGCGGCGGCGGCAAGAUGGGCAAGUACAAGUCUAUGAGCCUCGUUCAGCUCCACGCUGAGCUCGUCUUUGCCGAGUCGCAGCUGCUCAAGUCGGUGCUCGGCAUCUUCUACUCGGGUGACAGCAUCGGCUUCGUCAAGCAAGCUCUGGGUCUGCGAAACGCCUACUUCCAGGUGCGCGAGCUGUUCAAGUUUGUCGAGGCCGUCGACGCCGAGGCCGAGGAGGCCGAGGUUUCGGGCAAGCGCUCGCAGGCCAUCCACCUCGACCAGGACUUCCGAUCGGGUGUCUACCUCGGCAACGGUGUCUGCUCGCUCGUGCUUUCGAUGCUGCCCACCAAGACGCUCAAGCUCAUGGAAGGAUUCGGUUUCGUCGGUGACCGCAAAUUCUCGCUCGACCUGUUCGCUCGAGCCGGUGGUUGGAGCAAGGCCAAGCCUCUCCCCACCAUCUCGGCCGACGAGGAGGGAGUGCGACGACCCCUGUGCGACAUUGUCACGCUCAUGUACCACUUGUGGGUCUCGAGCUACAUCCCCGUCACGGAACUCGACUUUGAGUUUGCCGACAAGAUCCUGUCCUGGAACUUGGUGCGCUUCCCCAACGGUAUCUUCUACCUCUUCUGGUCGGCGCGUCUCUACGCCGCGCAGGCUCUGCCCGAGAAGGCGAUCGAGUACUACCGCAACGCCAUCGAGUCGCAGCGCGAGUUCAAGCAGCUGCACCACCUGUGCUUCUGGGAUCUCUCGCUCACCUACCUGUGCACGUGCGACUUUGCGCGUGCCUACGAGUGCUACGACGUGCUGUCGCGCGAGUCCAACUGGUCCAAGGCCAUCUACCAGUACGCCAAGGCGACCAUGCUCUACGAGACGGGCAUGGACGACCGUGCCAAGAGUGCCACCAUCAUGCGCACCGUCGGCAAGCUCACCAAGAAGGUGGCCGGUCGCCAGAUCCCCUUCGAGCGCUUUGUCGCGCUCAAGGCCAAGAAGUACAUUGCGCAGCAGAACCGACUGCCGCUGCCUGGUCUCGAGUUCUCGUACCUGUGGCACUGCAUCGGUCAGACGCCCGUCUUCCUGUUGGUGGAGAACACGUUGACGCGCAUCGACGAGUUCAUCGACGAGCUCGAGUCGUACCACAACCCCAAGUCGUACGGCACGGGUGAGAACGAGUACUGGUCGGCAUACUGUCUCGCCUUCUUCCUGCGGGGUGUUGCGCUUCGCUUCGUCGCCUACCCCGAGCCGCAGACGUUGGUGCGUCUUCCUGCCGAGGACACUGUCGGUCCUAUCGAGGAGAUCCAGGCCGAUGCCGUCCAGUCGUUCAACAAGGUGUUCGAGCACGGCUCCAAGCUCGACGAGGUGGACCGCUACCUGGUCUACUUUGCCCACUACGAGCUGGGUCGUCUGCGCAGCUGCAUGGGCCAGGACGAGGCGGCCAAGCUCGAGUUCCGCAAGGUGCUCUCGGGCAAGCCGCUCGAGGCCAAGGGCAAGGGUCUCAUCGGUGGUGGCAGCAAGGCCAACUACCUGCUGAGCAACAUGUGCCAAGUCCGUGCCCAUGCCGCGAUGGAGACGAUGCGCAUCCAGAAGUCGAGGUCGCGCGCCUCUUUCUUCCACGGCGCUGAGGGCUCGCUUGCCAGCCAGAGCAUCGCCAGCAAAUCGACGCGCUCCAACUCGCUCGCCUCGUCGACGAGCCGCAGCAUGACCUCGCGUGGCACGUCCAUGUCGAGCCGAUCGACGCGUGGCAGCAUCAAGUCGAACACGUACGCGGAUGAGGACCUGCGCAGCACCAACGGCAACGGUGGCCGGGUUCGCUCCGAGUCGAACAGGUCGCAAACCACCGACUACUCGCGUCGUCGAUGA